GCGCGCACGAUUUUAUUAAUUAAAUAUAAGUGGUUCAGAAGUUCCAAUCAGAAGGCUUCUUCGUAGACCAUUUUGCAGACGAAAGUUUAGUAUACUACAAAGUGUCCUAAAGUGUCUAUCAUGCAGUCUGCUGUGCUAAGGAAAAGUUUGCAAAUCGCGGGCCUUGCGCCGAUAUGCCAACAACGCAAGAUCGCCUCCUUAUCGGCACUCUCGGACACCCAUCAGAUGCUCCAGAAGACUUGUCGAGACUUUGCCAACAGUGAGCUUGCUCCGAUCGCGUCCAAGAUAGAUCGAGAGCAUCUCUACCCGGCGCAACAAAUUAAGCAAAUGGGAGAGCUGGGUCUGAUGGCUGUAGCAAUUCCAGAGGAAUUAGGUGGCACUGGCCUAGACUACCUUGCUUAUGCAAUAGCAAUGGAGGAAAUAUCUCGUGGUUGUGCCUCCGCAGGAGUUAUCAUGUCUGUGAAUAAUUCUCUUUAUCUCGGACCACUGCUUGGAUAUGGAAAUGAAAAGCAAAAGGCCGCCUAUAUUACGCCAUUUACUACGGGCGAGCGAGUCGGUUGCUUUGCACUCUCUGAACCAGGAAAUGGCUCUGAUGCAGGCGCCGCCUCCACUGUUGCGCAGGAUAAAGGGGAUCACUUCCUUCUAAAUGGCACCAAGGCUUGGAUUACCAAUGCAUUUGAAGCUGAGGCCGCGGUGGUUUUUGCCACGACGAAUAAGCAAUUAGCACAUAAAGGCAUCUCUGCUUUCAUCGUCCCGAAGAACUCGAAGGGAUUCUCCCUGGGAAAAAAGGAGGAUAAGCUAGGAAUACGGGGAUCUUCCACUUGUCAAUUGAUAUUCGAGGACUGUGCAAUUCCAAAGGAAAACAUUUUGGGUGAGCCAGGACUUGGUUUUAAGAUUGCCAUGCAAACUCUAGACGCUGGCCGAAUUGGCAUUGCUAGUCAAGCAUUGGGCAUUGCACAAGCCUCUCUGGAACUCGCAGUUGACUACGCCCAAAAACGACAAGCGUUCGGAAAGCCGAUAUCAAAACUGCAGCUCAUACAGCAGAAGAUUGCUGACAUGGCAUUAGCUGUGGAGUCCGCCCGCUUGCUGACGUGGCGUGCAGCCUGGCUAAAGGAUAACAAGCAGUCGUAUACAAAAGAGGCUGCGAUGGGCAAAUUGGCUGCAUCAGAAGCUGCGAGUUUCUGUGCCCACCAGGCCAUACAAGUGUUAGGUGGAAUGGGUUAUGUAACUGAUAUGGCUGCGGAAAGACACUAUCGUGAUGCUCGAAUCACUGAAAUUUAUGAAGGCACUUCUGAGAUACAACGUUUGGUGACGGCAGGUGCUAUACUCAAGGAAUAUGCUAGUUAAGCAAUACUCAUGAAUAAAUUCGGUAUUUUUAUGAUUGACGGAA